CAUCGGAGGAGCAGAGGCGGUUUCGGAGCACGUGAUCCUGGCUGGGAGGGGGGAAGAGGCGGCCUAGAGGCGGGGCUGCCAGGUGGAGGCGGAGCCCGAGAGGAGAGCAGAAGCCCCGCCUCCGCCUCUCUCCUCCCACUCGCUGGAUUUCCGCUUCCCUCCGGCGCGUCCCGCUUCGCCCUGGGAGGAUCGGCGCCGGAUCCCUCGGGAGAGGCUUCUGCGUCUUACUUCGGGGAGGUCUGGCUGCUCCCCCUCCGGCUUUUGGGGCGCCCCUCCCGCCAGGAGAGCUUCCCCCCCCCGCCAGGAGAAAGGAGACCAGUGAGGACCUGGCCAUGAGGUCCACAGAGAAGGGCCGUUCUUGGAUUGGGACCCACCAACCUUUGGCUGGGACUCCAUAAUAGAGAUUUUGGAAAUUGUGGCCCAGUUGGAGAAGCAGCUUUCUGCACAAAGGGUCAAUGGAUUAAGGAGAAAUCAAACUGGUCAGCAGUGAGGGUCAUCCCUGGCCUUGACUCCGAGGGGGGAACAGGUGACCGAGAGACUUCUUAGCUGCAACUUUAAAGUUCAUUCUGGACUGACUUACCCCAAUUCGGACCGGAUUCUUGGUCGUUGCGUGAAGGGGUCAUUGAGAUGUGACUUGGCUGCUUUGCUCAAACAUUGCAAUCCUGCGCUCAUGGGCCUUGUUGGUGAGCAAUUUCACGGGUCAUUAAGCAGACAAAGUGUCAGAUCAAAGAUUGUGACCAAAGAUUUACCUGCAAGCCAACUAUCAACAGUUAGUAGAAAUUCAUCCCAAGGCAGCAAGCGCCAGAAAGGAUGGAGCCUGGGAAACUCUUGGAUCCCCUGUCAGACACAAACAGCACUCCGAAAAACCACGAAAGAACCCAUGAAUGCGCAGAGUGUGGGAAAUCCUUUGCUCACUACUCCCUCCUUUUGACCCACAGGAAGGUCCAUGUGGGAAGCGUCUCCAGUCAAAGUUUGGAGGUUGAGAAAUCCUUUUCUAUAAAAGAAACCAAAGAUCCAAAAAGCCCCCCUACCCAAAACCCCUAUAAAUGUGAGGAAUGCAACUUAUCCUUUGGUCGAAAGUCACGCCUUCUUAGACAUCAGAAAAUCCACACCGCAGAGAAAGCUUUUCAGUGUCUGGAAUGUGGGAAUUUUUUCCGUGAAAAAUCCAGUCUCAGAAACCACGAGAGGAUUCACACAGGGGAGAAACCUUACAAGUGUUGGCAAUGCGGGAAGAGCUUUUCUCAGAACGCAAGUCUUUGGGCCCAUGAGAAGAUUCAUACGGGAAUAAAACCUUACAAAUGCUUUGAGUGUGGGAAAUGUUUCGCCCGGAGUUCAGGUCUAUGGAGUCAUGAGAAAACACACAGAGAGGAGAAAAAAGAAAAGUGCCUCGAAUGUGGUAAAUAUUUUUCCACGAAAUCAAAUCUGCUUCAACAUCAGAGACGUCACACGGGAGAGAGACCCUAUGAAUGCCCAGAAUGUGAGAGACGAUUUGUGGAUUCUUCAGAACUUCACAGACACCAGAAAUGGCACAAAGGGGAAUUAUCCUAUAAAUGUAUGGAAUGUGGGAAAAGUUUUAUUUCGCCAGCCCAUCUUCAGAUUCAUCAGAGAAUCCACACAGGGGAGAAGCCAUACAGGUGUGUGGAGUGUGGGAAAUGCUUUUCCCAAAAACAAAACCUUGGAAGCCAUCAGAGGUUCCACACAGGAGAGAAGCCGUACAGAUGCCUAGAAUGUGGGAAAUGUUUUGGACACCAGGGGAACCUUUGGAGCCAUCAUAAAACCCACAGAGGGGAGAAGCCAUAUCAAUGCAAUGAAUGCGGAAGAUUUUAUAGCACCACCUCAGCCCUUAGAAGUCAUGCGAAAAUUCACACGGGGGAAAAAAACUACAAAUGUUUCGACUGUGGGAGAGCAUUUGCUUAUUCAUAUUCCCUUAUAAGUCACAGCCGAAUCCAUACAGGAGAGAAACCUCACAAAUGCUCGGAGUGUGAUAAAUGUUUUUCACGGAAAGAUACUCUUGUGAUACAUCAGAGAAUCCACACGGGAGAAAAACCAUAUAAAUGUCUGGAGUGUGGGAAAUGUUUUGCCCAUUCUUCAACACUUCGCACGCACACCAGAUGUCACACAGGAGAACUAAAGCCCUAUAAAUGUGAGGAAUGUGACUUAUGCUUUGGUCAAAAGUCAAACCUUCUUACACAUCAGAAAAUCCACACUGGAGAGAAACCUUUUCAAUGUCUGGAGUGUGGGAAUUUUUUCCGUGACAAAGCCACCCUCAGGAACCACGAGAGAAUUCACACAGGGGAGAAACCUUACAUGUGUUGGGAAUGUGGGAAGAGCUUUUCUCGGAAUUCGUAUCUUUGGCGCCACGAGAAGGUUCAUGCAGGAAUAAAACCUUACAAAUGCUUUGAGUGUGGGAAAUGUUUCACCCAGAGUUCAGGUCUAUGGGGUCAUGAGAAAACACACAGAAGGGAGAAAAAGGAAAAGUGCCUCGAAUGCGGGAAAUGUUUUACCUUGAAAUCAAAUCUGGUCCAACAUCAGAGAAUUCACACUGGCGAGAGACCCUAUGAAUGCCCAGAAUGUGGGAGACGAUUUACGUAUUCUGCUGGACUUCAGGCACACCAGAAGAGGCACAAAGGAGAGAAACCCUAUCAAUGUGGGGAGUGUGAGAAAAAAUUUCUUACUCGAACAGAGUUUCAGAAACAUGAGAGGAUCCACACAGGGGAGAAGCCUUUCAAAUGUGGGGAAUGUGGGAAAUGCUUUUCCCAAAAACAACACCUUGUAAAACAUCAGAGGCUCCACACAGGAGAGAAGCCGUACAGAUGCCUAGAAUGUGGGAAAUUGUUUGCUUAUCAGGAAGUACUUUGGAGACAUCAUAAAACCCACACAGGGGAGAAGCCAUAUCAAUGCUUCGAAUGUGGACAAUUCUUUUGUACCGCACCAACCCUUAGAAGUCAUGUGAAAACUCACACAGGGGAAAGAAAUUACAAAUGUUUAGACUGUGGGAAAGCAUUUGUUCAUUCAUAUUACCUUAGAAACCAUAGCCGAAUCCAUACAGGUGAGAAGCCUUAUAAAUGCUCGGAGUGCGAUAAAUGUUUUUCUCAAAAAGGUACUCUUGUGAGACAUCAGCGAAUCCACACUGGAGAGAAACCAUAUAAAUGUCCAGAGUGUGGGAAAUGUUUUGCCCAGAUUUCAUCACUUCGCAAGCACACCAGAAGUCACACAAGGGAGUCACCUUACAAAUGUGCACUGUGUGAGGAAACUUUUCAUUUUCAAUCUCAGCUAAAAAGGCAUCAGGAAGUCCAUAGCAAAGAUAAACCCCUUCAGUUGUGAAGAAUGAGGGAAACAUUUUUUUUUUCCAAAAGUCACAUCUUAACGUUCACCAGGAACUUCACACAGUGACAGAAGGGAAAUCCUACAAUUGUUUGGUGUGGGGAAAAUGUUUUUCCUAGUCACAUUGCGUUAAAUACAAUCGGGGAGUACACAAUCAAGCAAACAUGCAUAAAUGUGGGGAGUGUAAGGAGGUUUGGCUGACAAAACAGCCGCAUUGAUAACUUACCAGAGUGAAAAAGAAAAGCGUUACAAGUGUUGGGGAGAUGUAGAUUAUGUUUUGCAAAGCAAAGCUAGUCCUCAAUUUACGAUUGCCUUUUGAAACAGAUUCCCAGUCAUCGCUUUUAUUGUGGCAUCCAUUUGACCGGAUCAGAUUUUAUGACAUUUUUGUGGUCAAUAAGCAAUAAGCAGUCCUAGGUAUAAAGCCAUUUUUCCAAAUUUGUAUUUUCUGCAAAAAAAAAAAAAAAAAGGCAAAUUGUGAGCCGAUGGCUGCAAAAUGAUGGAACUUGUCGCAAAAGCCAGCUGGUUGCCAAGUGCUCAUAAUUUGGGGGAGGGCAACAUUUUACAAUAUCCAGAACUGGUUUAUGGGCCAUCAAUGCUUGCUGUAAGUUGAGGACUAUCUGUAAUGAAACCCUGGAUCAUUCGCAAAAGAGGGUCUGUUGUAUAAAUGCUUAGAAAGUUGCAAACUACUGAUUUCACUGGGAUCUCUGGGGGCCCCGAAUGGAUCCACAAGAGAAAGAAGUUAUCCAUUUGGUGUGUGAGAAAUAUUUUCCUGGAGUGUCUACCUGGGUCUGCAGGUAAAAAUGCCUGGAAGAGAAACCCUCCAGGUGCUCAGACUACUGGACACUCUUUCCGGGUGACAAACCGCAUCAGAGCUUGGUGUGUGGAAAAUCUGUUCCUUGAAAUGAGACAGUGGUUGUCAUACAUCUUUCAGUCCCCACAGCACAGAGAGAAAGCCUAGAAAUCUUUGUAGCAUAGAAAACGUUUUAUCCUGAAAUAGUUUCAAAAAACAAAGUGGGCCAUAAUUGUGGUAAAGUGAAGAAAAAAACAACUCCCUGGAACAAGUGUUACUAAAUAAAGGGAUCAUUUAAAUUACAUUUAAA